AUGAUCCUGCGAUCAUUUUGCACUAAAAAUCUCGUCCUCAAACCCACUCGAUGCACCGUACCUUUUACCCUAUCAAACAAUGGCAAUCGGAUACUCUCGAGACCAUUGUCUUUGUCUUCUAUCUUACCAUUGCGUAGGUCUCCCAACAACGCCCCAAAAAUACGGAUGCCCACUGCGAAACUCAUCGACGUAAUCAAAACUGAGCAAUCAACCUUCUCCAAAGGCGUAAUUUUCCUCGCCAUCAGCUCAUCAGUGUCGCUCAUUAUACCCGCCUCUAUUGGUUCUCUCAUUGACCUCUUUUCCGGUGCUAAACCGGAUGCUUUCUUUGGCUACUCCCUUACCAGCGUGACGUGCGCUUUAGGAGGUUUAUUCGCUGUUGGUGCAGCAGCCAACGCCGGCCGCGCCAUGUUAUUUCGUUUAGCUGGUCAGCGUAUAGUGAACCGCUUGCGCGUUGACGCCUACUCAAAUGCGCUCAAGCAAGAUGUAGAAUUCGCCGAUAAAGGGAGUGGGGAGACUCUCUCUCGUCUCACCUCCGACUCAACAAUCCUUACUGACUGCGUAACGCAAUCUCUUUCCGACGGUCUGCGCGCGAGCGUGUUCAGUGUGUUUGGGCUGUGCGCCAUGUUUUUCAUCAGCAGCAAACUGACGACGGUAAUGUUAACGAUAGUGCCCCCAAUAGCUAUCGGAGCGGUGUUCUACGGUCGCUACCUGAAACGCCUCUCGACAGCCUCGCAGGAUGCUCUCGCAGACGCUAGUAACUUAGCCAACGAGCGUCUAAGCGCCUUCCGCACUAUCACAGCAUCCAACACACAGGAUGGGGAAGCUAAGCGGUUCUCCAGAAAGAUAGAUACUGUCCUGCAGCUAGGUAGGAGGGAGGCGAUUGCGAGUGGUGUCUUUUUCGGCAGUACGGGGUUCUCGGGUAACCUUUCCAUCCUCGCACUGUUGGCAUACGGUGGUCAUCUUGUGGGAUUGGGUGAGAUUACUAUAGGCAACCUCUCUUCUCUUCUCCUUUACUCGGCUUAUGUGGGCAGCUCCCUCUCUAGCCUUACCUCGUUCUAUAGUUCUAUGAUGCGCGGAUUGGGCGCCGGUGAACGCGUUUUUGCACUGAUAGAACGUAAGCCGCAGAUCAAACUGGGCGAAGGAUACGAUUUGGCUAGUGUGCUCGGAGGCAAAUCUAGCGGAACGGUGCGGUUCGAGCGCUGUGCUUUCACGUAUCCGACGCGACCAGAUGCGACGAUACUGCGUGAUGUAUCAUUUGAUGUCCCUCAAGGCCAGAGUGUAGCGAUAGCCGGACCAUCUGGUGCGGGCAAGACGUCGAUCAUAGCGUUAUUACUGCGCUACUACGAUCCAAACGGCGGGCGAGUGACAUACAACGGUCACGACAUACGCGCCUUCACACCUGAGAGCUGGCGAGAGAUUAUCGGGGUAGUAGACCAACGACCCGUGUUAUUCGCGGGAACGAUCGAGGAGAAUAUAAAAUAUGGUACAGAAAAUGCAAGUAGUUUCGACGUGUACAAUGCAGCUAUGCAGGCGAAUUGCGAAUUUGUCAAACAGCUUCCACAAGGUUUCCACACUACAGUCACGCCGUCGUCGCUGAGCGGUGGACAGGUGCAGCGGAUAGCUAUUGCGCGCGCUCUCAUCAAACGACCCGCUUUGCUGGUGCUGGAUGAGGCGAGCAGCGCGCUGGACGCACAGAGCGAAGCGCAGGUGAAUGAGGCUAUAAGACGCAUCCUCAACCAGUCUCAGACUACCGUUAUCGUUAUCGCUCAUCGGCUCUCGUCACUGCGUAGCGCGCAAAAAAUAGUAUGUCUUGAAGACGGCGUCGUUAGUGAGAGCGGUAGCUUUGAAGAACUAACUAAGAGCGGAGGCGGGAGAUUCAGACGCCUGAUGGCUGAACAGCUGUCGAGUGCGGCAGGCGGGGCUGGUGAGCUGCAGUAUAGCCGCAAGUUUGACGCCAGCAUCGAGAAGAUCUUGCAUCUUGCACAGCCACGGCGAGGAUCGAUAAUGUCGCAAUUGCAGCCGCGUAAACAAUUUCAGGCGUUCAACACGACGUACUCGGUACAAGAGGGGUACUCGCUGCACAAGGAGCUCGGACAGGGGGCGUAUGGCUGCGUCGUCGCGGGGAGGCACGAUGCCAGCGGGACAAAACUGGCCAUCAAGAAGCUCAGAGGUGUUUUCUCAAAAACCAUCCUCACCAAGCGCGCGCUGAGGGAAAUCAAACUACUCGAUCAUUUCCGCGCACAUAAGAACAUAACAUGCCUCUACGAUAUGGAUAUUGUCGACUACUCCAACUUCAACGAGAUCUAUCUGUACGAAGAAUUGAUGGAAGCUGAUCUGCACGCCAUUAUCAGAUCAGGUCAGGCUCUCACCGACCAGCACUACCAGUCAUUCGUCUACCAGACCCUCUGCGGGCUCAAGUACAUCCACUCGGCUGACGUCAUCCAUCGUGAUCUCAAACCAGGCAAUCUCCUCGUAAAUGCCGACUGCGAGUUGAAGAUAUGUGACUUCGGCUUGGCAAGAGGGUAUCAAUCUGAUCCACUCAGGGCUGGUCUUGCUGGUAGCGCUGGGUUCAUGACUGAAUAUGUCGCUACUAGGUGGUACAGAGCACCCGAAAUCAUGCUUAGCUUCGCUAAUUAUUCCACCUCGAUCGAUAUUUGGAGCGUCGGGUGCAUUCUCGCUGAACUUCUCGGCGGAAGACCCAUUUUCAAGGGGAGGGAUUAUGUGGACCAGCUCAACCAGAUACUGCAUGUCCUUGGCACACCAUCGGAAGAGACGUUGAGGAGGGUUGGUAGUCCGCGGGCCGUCGAAUACAUUCGUUCACUCCCCAUCAAGCCUCGCAUACCAUUCGAGCGCAUCUACCCGAAAGCUAACCCACUCGCACUUGAUCUCCUCAGCAAAAUGCUGACAUUCGAUCCCGCCAAGCGAAUCACGUGCGAGGAAGCCCUUAAGCAUCCUUAUCUGGCUGUCUGGCACGAUCCCUCCGACGAGCCGAGCUGUAGGGAGCGCUUCGAUUUCGGCUUUGAGGUCGAAGAUAGCCCUGAGGGUAUGCGCAACCUUAUUGUAGAUGAAGUUAAGUCGUUCAGGAAAAAGGUGAGGACGCCGCUGGGUGUGCAGCAACAGCAAGAGCAGCAGGAGAGGGAAAAGAUGGAGAUGGAGAUGGAGAGGGAGAGGGAGGAGAGGGAGAGGGAGAGGGAGAAGCAAAUGAAUGAUUCGGCUACCGCGCACUCCCUCCCCGUUCCAUCGAGAGAGGAAUUGCAGCUCGCGGACGACACACAGAGCCUGACUUGCAACUACACCACUGGCGAAAGAAGCGACCAAGGCAGCUACGUCCUCGACGAUCCUUCUGUAGAGCUGGAGAGAGAGCUUGCGAGUACAAGGAUAGAGUGA